UAAUAUAUAAUCCCUAAAGUCUCAUCUCCUUCGCCCCCACAACUCUCCGACUCAGUAGCGUCUUAGUCUCCUCGAUCCGCUUCCUCCCCCGAGAUUCGUCAAUGGCUCCUUCCACCGUUAAUCGAUGGCUGAGACCUGAGGUUUACCCACUUUUCGCGGCGGUAGGAGUGGCCGUAGGAAUCUGCGGGUUUCAGUUAGUCCGUAACAUCUGCAUCAAUCCUGAAGUCAGAGUGACCAAGGAGAAUAGAGCCGCUGGAGUCCUGGAUAACUUUGCUGAGGGAGAGAAGUAUACCGAGCAUUUCCUGAGGAAAUUCGUGCGCAACAAGUCGCCAGAAAUUAUGCCGUCAAUCAACAACUUCUUCACAGACCCAAGUCGAAACUAAGAUCCUACAUGAAUAAGAACUACACAUAAGUUUGGAUAUAGUUUCGAAUUUGAAUAGUUGGUGGCUGUAAACACCAUGCUGUUCUUGAAUUUGCUUUUAUUUGUUUAUCUGAGAAAACUUUAGAAACAGUGGUUUGAUGAAAUAAACUGUUCUGAACCAAAAUUAUGAAAUUCUGAUUUUCAUCUAUGCACAUCGAAUGGUUUUUGUUAA